AUGGGCAACCCAAUCCGCCGCUUCGACUCAAGCGACAAUCCACUCCCCAUCGGCACCCCCGCCACACCAGGAGAUCCAGCACGCCCGCCGACCCCCACCCCCAUGACCGACCAAUCCCCCCUCCCACCUAUGCCGCGUACCCCGAACCUCUCCCCUCGCCGCACCAAUGAACUUAACUUUCUUCCCACCCCUACCCCUCUUACCACUACUAUCAACCCCCGCCGCACUCCCGAGAUCUUUGCACAUCGCUUACAUGACACAUUUGUACUCACCCCGCUAGCUCCCACAUCCGCGCGACCUCAACCACCCCGCCGAGGAGUAGUACUAGUACGUCAAGGCCAGGGAACACCUGCAGUGCUGCUGAACAUGGUUACAGGAAGUGAGGAUAGCGAUGGAGGGGUAGCCCUGGUGCCUUGUGAGUUGGUAGGAGGUUAUAGGUCAGAGUAG